CAGCAGCCAACGGCACGCAUCGCCAGCGGCACGCAUCGCCAUAGGCACGCAUCGCCAGCACCACUCGUCAGACUGCGCGGCACGUCUGACGCAGACAUGGCGACACCAUCCUCGGUUCGCUCCUCGUCGUGGCUCCUAUCCCUACCCCCUUCCACACUCCCCUCGUCCUCCCUCGGCAAGACAAGGCCGUCGUGGCCCCCACUCCAGCAGCAUUCACUCCAGCAGCAGCCAUUCGAGCAGCAGCCACUCCAGCAGCACCUUCUCCAGCAGCUGCUUCUCCAGAAGCAGCCUCUGCAGCAGCAGCCUCUCCAGCAGCAGCCUCUGCACCAACAGCCUCUGCAGCAGCAGCCUCUGGAGCAGCAGCCUCUGCAGCAGCAGCCUCUGGAGCAGCAGCCUCUGGAGCAGCAGCCUCUGCAGCAGCAGCCUCUCCAGCAGCAGCCUUUGCAGCAGCAGCCUCUCCAGCAGCAGCCUCUGCAGCAGCAGCCUCUCCAGCAGCAACCUUUGCAGCUGCAGCCUCUCCCGGUGCAGCCACAGCUUCAGAGCCAACUGCCACGUCACCACGGGGGCAGCGGCGUCCGUGCUGCAGAGGCCAUCACCGACGCUCCAUGUGCAGCGGCCGGUGAGGGGGGAGAAGACGAGGAGGGGGAAGGUGACAGCAACAGUAGCGAGAGCGAGUCCGGCGAAGAGGGCGACCAGAGGCACGCCCAGUCUGGCUCCGGCACGGAUACCAGCUCCUCAGACUCAUCUUCGGAUUCUGAGUCUGCCGACGAAGCUAGCUCGGAGGGCGAGGCGGAGCAGUCUGCUUGCAUGGGGCAGGCUGCGGUGGCCGAGACGGCGGCGGGCAAGAACGACGUUACUUUUGAUAAGCUCUUCGCCUCCCCAGCUGAGGCGGCAGUGGCCGCUGUGGGGCAGAGCGAUGGCCCCCCCCCAGUCUGGCCUCGGUCGCCGGUGGUGCAGCAGUUUCAGCUAGGCACAAGACGCAUGGCGCCGACAGGUGGAGCCACCCUAACCUCGACCCUGCGCUACAAUGACGCUGCCCCCAACACCGCCGCAGUGGUCCUCCCAUCUUCCAGCGCUGGGCCACGCGCGCUACGUGCCGUCCAUGAGAAGGCGUCGAAGAAGAAGUACGUCUCUAGGGCUGAGCUGGACCGUAUGAAGACCGCGCUGCUGGCCACUGUCACGGCCUUCAUCGACGGGCAGCGGGCGAUGUACGCAGCUGGUCGGGUGGCGAAUGGGAAUGGCCCGGCGUCCACUGGACAGGGAAGCCAGGAGGAGCCGAGUCCAGCCACGUUGGCUCGCCGUGAGGUUCUCCUGGCGGCGGAGGACUUCAAGGUGAGCAGGAUAUGGGCUGGCAGGUGCGUGGCUUGGGUGGGUGCUCGGGUAGGACCCGGGCCUGGGACGGUUCUGUCAGAAGCCGAUCGCGUUGGAGGCACACUGCACAACUACAAAACCGCCGAGGGAAAGCUGAGCCAAGACAGUGAAGACAAUCGCCGGGGGUACGAGGCCAUGGUGUUGCACUGCCGCAGGUGGGUGGAGCACGCCGUGGACAACCUUGGUGUGCCGUACGACGACGAGGCCGAGGUUUUCGAGUUCGGCAAUGGGGUGCGCAUUGAUGCCAGAAUAGACUUGGGCAGCAGAAGCGGCGGAGGCCAGGGCAGCAGCGGCGGCAAAGGCCAGGGCAGCAGCAGCGGCAGAGGCAUGGGCAGCAGUGGCGGCAAAGGCCAGGGCAGCAGCGGCGGCAGAGGCAUGGGCAGCAGCGGCGGCAGAGGCCAGGGCAGCAGCGGCGGCAGAGGCAUGGGCAGCAACGGCGGCAGAGGCAUGGGCAGCAACGGCGGCAGAGGCAUGGGCAGCAGCGGCGGCAGAGGCAUGGCAGCAGCGGCGGCAGGGGCAUGGGCAGCAGCGGCGGCAGAGGCAUGGGCAGCAGCGCGGCAGAGGCAUGGGCAGCAACGGCGGCAGAGGCAUGGGCAGCGACGGCGGCAGAGGCAUGGGCAGCAGCGGCGGCAGAGGCAUGGGCAGCAGCGGCGGCAGAGGCAUGGGCAGCAGCUGCGAGGCAUGGGCAGCAGCAGCGGCAGAGGCAUGGGCAGCAGCAACGACAGGCAUGGGCAGCAGCAGCAGCAGAGGCAUGUGCAGCAGCAGCAUGAGAGUCAUGGGCAGCAGCAGCAUGAGAGUCAUGGGCAGCAGCAGCAUGAGAGUCAUGGGCAGCAGCAGCAUGAGAGUCAUGGGCAGCAGCAGCAUGAGAGUCAUGGGCAGCAGCAGCAUGAGACAGUAGCAUGGGGAGCAGAAGGGGCUAUGGCAAGGGAUAAAGGGAGGAUGAAUGGAGGCACGGAAUGGCCCAGGGAUGGAAGCACAUGCAUGAGGAUUGGACAAGUGCUGGAGUGAGGAGCAUACUAAGGGAUGAUGGGUGGAAGCAGAUGGUAGUGGCAGAUGCAUGGGAAAAGGGGCGCAGCAGAGGCAUGGGUAGAGGGGAGCCUGAAAAAUCAUGGGAAGAGGAGCAGGGAAAACAAGGGAGGACGGGAGCAGGAGGGGCAGAAGGAUGUAGCAAAUGUGAGGGAUGGAUAAUGUGGCAUGUGUAGAGACGCCAGGAGGCAGCUAGGGCGGCAGGAGGUGCUAGGGCAGCAUGAGGCAGCUAGGGCAGCAUGAGGCAGUUGGGGCAGCAUGAGACAGCUAGGGCAGCAUGAGGCAGCUAGGUCAGCUUGAGACAGCUAGCAAGGGGAGGGAAGGGGGGGAAGCAGCAAGAGGAAGGAGAAGCAGCUAGAUUAGAAGUAUAUAGGGGCAGGAAAAAUCAGCAAGGGGAUCUAAUAUGUGACACCAGGCAAUAUUAGCGGUGGUAGUAGCAGGAUCGGUGAAGGUGGCUGUAUAGGUGUUUUAGGUGUGAUUAUGUAGGAUUGUAACCAGGUUUUUUUAGUGCAUUUAUUAAC